CAAUCCUCCGAUGUUUGACCGGAAACGGUGAUGUUCCAGUGCGCAAGCGGCUAAAAGGACCGUUCAACGACCGGUGCUGAUAGUUCCACCUGCCAUGUCGAGCGACAGCGACGCGGACACGGCGGACACGGACGUCGAGGCGACCAUCGACUCGGUGAACGUGACGCAUCGGCUUCACGCCACGCGGACACCCUUCAUCACCUCAUGUUGUGUGGAACUGGCGUUUUGCGCCUUGAUGACAUCUUGGAUGUCGGACGAUGAACACUACACAGUCUUCUUUCGACUUCAUUCGGAAACCAUUGGCAGUAAGAAGAUCAUCGUCUUUGUUUGGGCGGUUUUUGCAGUUUCCGCUAUGGUGAGAUUUUGGUGUUUGUGUUUGACAGCUAAAAGUAGCCUUGCUCGAAAUGCAGGGAGGUGGCUGACGGUGAUAUACAUGUUCUUUGGAACUGUGAAUUGGCUUCUGUACUUGACUGCGUAUUAUGUUGCACAUGACAAUGCAAGCAACCCUGCAAAAAGCCAUAGAGUCAACAUCGACCUGCGGAAUGCUCACUUCCUGUCGGCCAGUGUGAAGAAGUGCUUGCUGGAGCACAACUGGAGCUACGAAGACUGUGAUAUUCACGUUGAAGGUGUUUGCACCAUGCCAUACAACAGCACCGCAGAGUAUGCCAAUGGAGACUGUGUGACCACGGUUGAUGUGGCUGGAAUUCCCUGCUGCAUUACGGAAAUGCUGAAGCUCGAAAAACCGCACCUCACGGUGCUUAGGAAGGAUAUCCCAGUAAGCAUCGUCUUUAUGUUGAUCAAAUGGAUGUCUAUCCUAUUGGUUGGAUGGGUGUUGCGUCAUGGGUAUUUUGCUGCAGGGGUGGGAACAGGAGAGUUCUCAGAAACAGCGUAUCUUGACAUUUUGGAUGCGGUGAUCUUUAGCGAGAACCUCAAUGAGGACCUUGUUCGCUGCCCUGGGUAUGGUAUCUCACGCACUGGUCGCCCACAAGAGCAAAACGUUUGGCCGUACUACUAUUUGUAUGCAACCUUUGCCACUGCCUUCACAACUGUUCUAUUCUCCCAAAUGCUCUACACACUCUUGGCUCCCAGAAAGGAAAAGGAGACCAGUUGUUGCGGUGGUGAGGAAGAUGUCUCCCCAGAAGUCAUCAAGCAAACAGUCCAAACAGUCCAAACAGUCCAAACAGUCCAGGUCCAAACCACCUCUCCCUUUGAUUCAAGAAGUUCCCUCCUUCGCUUGGGUGGCACCAUGCGUCCAGGUAGAGUCCUGGGGCGGGAGGUGUCCAACGUUCCCGGGAGGUAUCGGGUGCAGUUUGAGGAUGACUUAGAGCCAAAGGAGAUGGUGGUGUCCAUUGAUGCUUUGGCUUCCGCCCAUGGAAUGAUGACAAUGAAGGGAGUGCAACAAGACCUCCGCGAGGCAGCAAAGCAAGGCUGCGGCGGAUGGUUCAGGGCCAGAGAACUCUGUGAGGGAGCCCAUGCUGAGCGGUUUGAAAAAAAGGCACAGUUGCUGGAUGCCUUUCGUUCUUUGUUGUGCCUUCAAGUGCCAUUCUUGUUGUGGCGCCUCUAUUUCGAUGCCUUUACAGUGGAUCUGAUUCAAUUUGCAGGGCGGAGUUUGUUGAUUGCAAAGAAUGUCAUUUGGGCUUUGUACGAUUCGGUGAUCAUCGCUGCUUGCUUGAACAAAGAUGCCACAAUCUUCGGUGUAAAGCCAAUGGCAGUAUUCAGCAUGGCUGCGGAUACGAGAUUUGGGAAGUUGUGGGUUGGCCCCAGUGGAAUCGUGGCAAUGCUUGCCGAAUUCGGUGGAAUUCUUCGCAAAAACAACUUGACACAGCAAACUGAGCAGUUGCAGAAGUAUAAGGAAUGGCUCCUUGCCGAGAAGGACUGUGCCAGCUCAAGCAACCGAGAGAUUUGCGAAGCAUUCGACGACAAGCUACAAGAUGUUCAACUUGAGUUGGCUGUGGUGGAAGAGAAGCUUCAGUUCACCUUCCCAUGAGACCGAACUGAUUCCGAACUAGGAGAAUUGAUUCAGAUUUCUUCGGUAUGUCAAAAUGGGAGAUACCGAGAUACCUUAGAUACUGCUUUUCCCUUAUUGAGAUAGAGCCAUUUUGAUUCCAAAGGUGGAUCCAUUGAUACAUGAUACCUUGACACCGGUCAAGUCCAGGGCGAUAUCAUCAUGGUUAACGGAUGAAUAUGAACAAGCAAAUGUGAGCUUGCUGAAUCAAAAUCAAGUGAACAUUCCUUCCUUGCAGCCAACCUCUGCUAAGGGAUUUGCACAAAAGUCAUGAUCAUAGACAGAGAGGGACACUGCCCCGUUUUCGGCAUCCCAAGCCUUUCCCAAGCCUAUUUCUUCCAUUGUUCUGAGCCAUUUCCUGAGGCAAAGAAGCGGACCCCCGGAAAGUCGUUCACCCUUAGUGACUUGCAACUGAAAAGCAGUUGGUAUGGUCGAUGAGUGGUCGACACGCUCG